UCGUACUUCAGCUUUUUACAUUUUCGCCUUCAGUAUGUUCUCCUUACCUACCCUGUUAAAUUUCAAACUAGUCCGAGGACCAGAAGUGUCUUUUUUUAGGCCGUUAAAUGCGAGAUUUCGCGUCCGCCAUUAUUUGACCAUGUCCCGGAAGUUGAUCGCAGUAUUCAGAGGAAGUGACGUCAAACGCUCAACUCGAAAAUCUCACAUGGCUAGUUGUGAAACAAACAUAACACAGUGAUCUUUUCCAUUCUUACUACAACAUCCAAAAAAUGACGGGGCACCGAUGCGUAGUUCAAGGCUGUAGUAAUUGUGCAGACCAUGCUAGUGGAAUUUCUCUCCAUCAGAGCCCUGUGAAUAGAUCAGAACGGGAAAAAUGGAUGCGAUUCGUGCGAACCCGCCGGGCAAAUUUCAAUCCCACAGGUAGAUUUGUAAUAUGUUCUGAACACUUCUCAGAAGACUGUUUUGAGAGAUCCAUGCACUUGGACGGCUCUAGGCGAAGAAUUCUGCCGGGUUCGGUGCCUACUGUGCGAAAAAAGGGAUUAGAAAAGCCGCUCUCAGCUCGAUCAAGACGAAAUGUGCUUAGAGACAUUAAUAGAUCUGACAACGCAUCGUCUCUUGCUUCGCAAGAGGAUGUAGAAAUACGCAACGAAUCGGCUGCACUCGUUGUGGACCUAAGUCAGGUUGACGAUGAUCCAACCCAAACCACGUCAACUGAAUUUUCUGAAGUCCCUGUAGAAAGCCAGACUACUGAUGGAAUGGUACAAACCUGCAUGAAAUGUGAGGAUUUAAGAAAGGAAAAGAGGAAACUUCUCAGGCAACUGAGAAGUGCAGAAUCAAAAUUGAAUGAUUAUAAGCAGAAGAUGACAAGUAACCAAACAGAAUGGGUGAAAACACUUCAAGACAUUAAUAACUCACCAAUGAAAGAAAAAUUUCACAAUAAUAGUGGUGCCGAUACUUCACUAUUAAGUGGUGACACAGAUGGAAAUGAGUCUGAACUGGAUUGCAAAAUGAAUUUUGCGCUCAUCGAAGAGGAAGCUACUGAAAAGUGGGAUGAUAAUGAUCCCACAUGGGCACCUGAAGAAAUAGAUGACAUUUAUAAUAAAGCAGGAGAUGAUGAUGCUGACGAUUCUAAGAAACCUAGGCUGAAGUGUGAGGGCAAAAGCUGUCAAGAGGAACCCAAGGGAAUAGUCUUUCUCUCUAAACUUCUCCUGUUAUUUCAGCAUUGUCAUUUGUGCUUUGCUCCUGAGCCAGAGCUUAAUGUUAGCCAGACGGGAACAAUGUUGUCAUUUACUUCCAAGUGUAGAAGUUGCAGUGGUACCUUUUCCUGGAACAGCCAACCCUUCCUGAUUGGAAAAUUUCCAGCAGGAAACAUACUUCUUAGCUUUGCUAUCAUCUGUGCUGGAGCAUCAGUGGGCAAAGUUUUACUUGUUUUCAAACACAUGGGACUGCUAUGCUACAGUGAGGCCACCUAUUAUUACCAUCAACGGCACCUCCUGUUCCCCACAAUUAUGAAAUUUUGGCAUUCCUAUCAGGAGAAAGUCAUAACUUCACUGAAUGGGAAAGAAGUUGUGCUAGCUGGUGAUGGCAGGCAUGACAGCAUGGGCCACUCAGCAAAAUAUGGAACCUACACCAUAUUCUGCUGCACUGUCGGCCUCAUUAUUCACAUUGUGCUUGUCCAGGCCAAUGAAGCAGGCAGCAGUUCUAACAUGGAGUUUUUUGCACAUCAAAAAGCCUUUGCUUUCUUGCUUGCAACUGGAAUGAUAAUUAAGUCCUUCAUUUCUGACCGCCACCAGUCUAUUGCAAAGUGGAUGAGGCAGGAUUGCCCCAAGAAAUGCCAGGAAUUAGGAAAGCCUCUCAUUGACCACUUCUUCGACCUAUGGCACAUUGGCAAAAAGAUUCAAAAGAUUUUGACAAAGAUCAGUAAGGAGAAAGGCUGUGAAGUAAUUGCAAGGUGGAAACAGGCAUGUGUGAGGCACUUUUAUUGGUCAGUUACCUCAACAGAACCAAAGCUGGGAGAAGUCAUACUUGCCAAGUUCAAAACCUUUCUCUAUCACAUCAUCAACCAUCACAAGGAUCUACCAAACCAGUUAUUUAACAAAUGUGCCCAUGGUGUAAUAAACACACAAAAAGUUUGGUUGACAAAAGGUAUUUGAAAUCUGUUACUGUUAUUGUUACUGUUCACCGCAUUAAAUGAGCAUUGCAUUGCAUUAAAUGAGCAUUGCAUUUUGACAUACUUAUUGUUAAUAAUGCAAGUUUAAAUUGUUAUUUUAAGAGAGCAGUGUUGUGAUAAUCUUUCACUGAG